AACAACUUCACCGAGCGUCACAAAGCCACGAGCCCGCAAGGAACCGCAGCCCUCUGAGUUCGCGCGCCGGAUCCCGCAUCCCCGUUCCACCAUCACCACCCGCCAACCAUGUCCAGCGAGGAGCUGGCCGGCAAACUGAAGCGCCGGUUGAAACUAGAGGCGCGGGCCGAAACCGACCAGGGCGGCUUGGAGCCUGGACCCUGCGCUGUCCCAGCGGGGGACCAGGAGCCAGGACCGCCCGCCCGCGUGCGCACGGCCAGCGUGGACUCGGAGCUGAGCGCCCGGCUGAGCCGCAGACUGGACAUCCAGCAGGGCGCAGCGCGGUCCGGCCGCUCGAAGGUUUUCAACCCCUACACCGAGUUCCCGGAGUUCAGCCGCCGCCUCCUCAAGGAUCUGGAGCGCAUGUUCAAAAAGUAUGAUGCUGGAAGGGAUGGCUUUAUCGACCUGAUGGAGCUGAAGCUCAUGAUGGAGAAACUAGGAGCCCCCCAGACCCACCUGGGUCUGAAGAGCAUGAUCAAGGAGGUGGAUGAAGACUUCGAUGGCAAGCUCAGCUUCCGGGAGUUCCUGCUCAUUUUUCACAAGGCCGCUGUUGGUGAGCUGCAGGAAGACAGUGGCCUGCUGGCCUUGGCCAAGCUUUCCGAGAUUGAUGUUGCCCUGGAGGGUGUGAGAGGUGCCAAGAACUUCUUCGAAGCCAAGGCCCAGGCCUUGUUAUGCUCCAGUAAAUUCGAAGCUGAGCUGAAAGCUGAGCAAGACGAGCGGAAACGAGAGGAGGAGGCCAGGAGGCUCCGCCAGGCAGCUUUCAGGGAGCUCAGGGCUACUUUCAGCGCAUAGUCCUGCUGACCUGACCCACCACUGCAGCUGUGCCUUACCGAUGCCCUGGAGGAGAUGACCAGGAUUUUCACAUUUUCGCCCCUGCUGCCCGCUGCCUGAGUGACCCUCCCCUUUGAAAGCCCCAGGCCUGUUUCUUAGUGCUUCUGGAUAACCAGCGACUGCUUUAGUCCUUCCCAGGGUCCUGGCCCCUUCUAAAAGGCUUUCCAACCGUCACUCCUCUGCUGUUCCCUGUGGCUGAGACUCGUCUCUUCUUGUCCCUGAGUAGUUCUAUGUCAAAGAGUUCUGUUUAUCUAUGGUCCUCAGAAGACUUGUUGCUUAGCUUCUUGGGUGGUUCUUCCCUGUGGUCCUCCCAUUGCUUCCUGGCCAGCGUCUCUCUCCCUGUCAUUCAUUACUCCGAUUCCAUUAAUUUCUUUUUCGCCAUCUUCCGUCAUCCUAGUGGUGGUAGGAUUUGAAAGGAGGACUUGUGGAUCAUUACCUAUCCCCUCUCCAGCUGGGAACUAGCUUGCCUGUCUCCUGGCUCUUAACAAUACCCACCCUCUGGUUCCCCAUCCUUUUCUUCUCAUUUCAGCCAUUUUCCUACUCUUAAGUCCUUUACUGUAAGAAUGAAAGAACUGGUGGAAGUAAUAUUAACAAGCAAAAGGCUAUCUGUCAUCUGACCCCAGGCAAAUCAGAGUGGGCCUGUAAAAUUCCCAAGUGACACAUUUAAGGUCCUUUGAAUUCCCAGAAGUAAUGACCAUCUUCCCAUUCCAAAGAGUACCCAUGGGACAGAUUUUUGUACCUUGUGAGUUCUUGGGAUUUCUCACAAAUACCAGGGGUGUGUGUGUAUUUUUUAACAACAAAAAAAGUCAUUUAUUACUUCUCAUUUAUAACUGCUGUCUUCACAAUAAAGAAAACAUCUGCCUUUCUACCUUACAGCUGCUUCCUUUUAAAUAAAACGUGCAAAUGGUCU